AUGGCCUUUGCACCCAUGGGGCCUGAGGCGUCGUUCUUCGAGGUUUUGGAACAGCACAGGGCUUCACUACUGGCAGCCUUGAGGACAGGCCGUGAGGAGUCCCCUCGUGGGGGCACCCGCUCCAUCUCUAAUUCUGAGGUUCUUGCCUCUAUCGAAAAUAUUAUUCAAGACAUAAUCACGAGCUUGGCAAGAAACGAAGCACCUGUAUUCACUAUAGAGAACAGAUCACGCUGGGAAAACAUGAAAUUUGAAGAUUCCGUGGGUCUUCAGAUGGUAUCUCAUUGUACCACAAGAAAAGUCAAAAGUGACUCACCAAAAUCCGCACAAAAUUUUGCUCUAAUUCUUAAAAUAUUAUCCAUGAUUUAUAAAUUGGUGCAAAGCGACACUUAUGCAACCAAAAGAGACAUAUAUUACACUGACUGCCAACUCUUUGGAAAUCAAACUGUUGUGGACAAUAUAAUCAAUGACAUUUCUUGUAUGUUAAAAGUGCCAAGGAGGAGCCUACAUAUAUUAUCGACAUCAAAAGGCUUAAUUGCUGGCAAUUUAAGCUACCUGGAGGAAGAUGGUACCCGAGUGAGCUGUGCAGGUUGCUCAACAGCUGUUGCUGUACCAUCUAAUAUUCAAGGACUUCGGAAUUUAAUUACAGAUGCAAAAUUCCUAUUAAUUGUAGAAAAAGAUGCGACCUUUCAGCGUCUCUUAGAUGAUAACUUCUGCAGCAAAAUGUCUCCGUGCAUCAUGGUUACGGGAAAGGGGGUGCCUGACCUGAAUACAAGACUUUUCGUCAAGAAGCUGUGGGAACUGUUCCACAUUCCUCUCUUCACUCUGGUAGACGCGGAUCCACAUGGCAUAGAAAUAAUGUGCAUCUACAAAUACGGGUCCAUGUCUAUGUCUUUUGAAGCUCAUAAUCUCACAGUCCCAGCGAUCAGAUGGCUUGGCCUUCUCCCUUCUGAUAUUAAAAGGUUAAAUAUACCUAAAAAUACUUUAAUUCCACUGACAAAUCGGGACCAGAUGAAACUUGACAGCAUCCUGAAGAGACCUUAUGUUGCCGGCCAACCGUUUUGGAGAAAAGAAAUGGAAAUCAUGGCAGACACUAAAAUGAAGGCAGAAAUCCAAGCUUUGACGUACAUAGCCUCUGAUUAUCUUUCCAGAGUGUACUUACCUAACAAAUUAAAAUUCGGAGGCUGGAUAUAA